ACCUUUCAAAAGCAGAUCGUCAGAUUGUUCAUUUGAGCUUUAGUACAUCAGUUAAAUAUUUCACAAGAAGUUUCAAAAUGAAAUCUGCACACUAUCAGCUCUAUGUGACCUUUUUCCGCUCUCUAUUUCUCGCCCUCGCACAUGCAUUUAAACAGGAUGAGGCAGAAACACUCAAGAACCGAUAGGAAGAGGUAGCGUUUUACAUCCUGCGCUUGAGAAUGGACUUUGACUACCAAAAGAUUAAAGAUGCUGAAUCUCAGCAGAGAGAGGAGCGACUGAGCGAUCUUUCUGCCCACUACCCAAGACCAAAGCCACGUCCAUUUCUGGAUCCAGAGAACAAUCUCACGACCAAGAAACCGCCAGUAAAACCCCGGCGGAGCAUAAAGAUUCGUUCCACAGCACAACAAAAGACAGAGCAAUUAGACCAGGGCCAGCAGAAGGAAAAUGAGACCACAGUGAAGCGGAUAGAUCCUGCUCUGGUUUUGGGUCCCUUGAGGCCCCUGGAGUGUCUGUCUCCGUCUCUGCGCGCUCACACUCUGCUGUGGUUUGAGAGAACGCAGCUGCCUCGACUGCACAGGCCCGGACAGCCUCUUCCUCGCUGGCUCCAUGGUUUCGCUACACGCAGGGAAGCAGAACAGCUGCUGCAGGAUAAGCCGCAAGGCUGUUUCCUGUUGAGGCUCAGCGAGUCAAAGAUUGGCUUUGUGCUGUCUUACAGAGGAGAAGACCGAUGUCGUCAUUUCAUAAUUGAAGAGGAGGAGUAUGGAUCAUCUGGUAGUGUAUAUCUCAUUGCUGGAGAACACAGCCAUCAUAGAAGCCUGGAUGAGCUAAUCAGCUACUACACCCAUAAUCCUGUGGGGCCUUUUAAUGAGAUGUUGACUGUACCUUGUAUGCAGCCUGAUGGGAGUUUUGAGGAAAUUAAUAGGUGGAGGGUGAAAGAUGAGGAAGAGGAGAAAAAUGGAAAAGCAACAGAUCGAGAGAAGCAGACAAACCUGGCCGAGGCCAUCGGCCCAGCUGUUCUGAACUCCUUACACACAAACCCCUCCAGUGAGAUCACUUCUGCUACAGAAGAGCCUGUGCAGUAUGCAGUCGUGAGAAAACCACUGAAAAAGACCCUCUCGCUGCCAGAAUGCAAGUGUGGAACUGAAACAGAGCCUCCUGGCCUUGAAAAUGGCAGUUCUGACGUUGCUGAAAGCCCCUCAAAUCUUAAUCUAAAAGGAGAUCAAGUUUCUCUUGUGGAUGUCCAGUAUGCUCGAGUUAACAAACCCCCCAGACUAUUAUCAGAAAACACCCCCAACCUCACUGCCCACCCUGACCUUCAGGGAGCAACAGCAGCCUUUACCCCUCCAUCCAUCCCAAACUUCGACACGACAGCAGCAGACCCGAAAUACUGGAAACUGGAGCCAAUGCACACUUACGAAGAGACCCCCCACACACGCAGUCGUCCAGAAGAAAUUGACUGCUAUGCUGUCGGGUGGAGGAGGCAGGCGGCGGGGGAUGAAGUGAACCUUCCAAAGGAUCACCUGUAUUCAGAGGUGAACAUCAAAGGGGCCCAAGAAGGCGUUGCUGUACUGAGACCCGGGCCUAGUCUUCCUCUUAGACCGCCCCCGAGAUCUGCUCCUUUGCGACCCGAGCUCAUCGGGCAGCUCAACCUCAACACUCCGGUUUUCAUCAUUCAGAUCAGCCGUAUAUGAAUGCUUCCUCCAGCUCCAUUUAUGAGCAGAUCCCAGAAAGACCAAGCAGCUCUAGAACAUGUCUGCCCCCACCGAAUCCCAAACGCUGAGCUUAGGAUGGUGUAGACCUGAAUUCUCCAAGAGCUUCUUUUGUGUAACACUCCGUAUAAUAAAAAAAAAAAAAAAAAAUGCAUAAUGGUAAAUAUUAGCAUGGCAUAUAUCAUGUGUACCAAAACAUUACAUUGCUUAUAACCUGUACAUACAUUUAUAAGGCUUCCUAAUAGUGACCUCCCCAUGGAGAUGUUUUUGAUCUAUUUAAAUUGUAUCGGAAAUACAGUUUUUCCAGCCACUCGUUUAAAGAUGUACCUGCUCAGCAAAUAAUUUCAUAACUUUUAAUAAAAAAAAUAAAAAUACUAUUUGGGUUUACAACCACUGAUUUAUUAAGUGAACUGCUGCCCUUCCUUGUAAAAGUUUGUUGCUCUUAGCUGAUAUUAUCACCAUAAAAGUACAAGAAUACAUUAAAUCACUGCAUGAGAAGAACAUCACAGAACAGACAGACGAAAGAGCAUUUCAGUGAGUGACCAGACACACAAUAAGAGCAUUUCUGUAAAACCCUUUUUAUUUCCACAAACAAGCCCCCCCCAUUGAUCAUGAAGAGCUGUACUUUUCUUUAGCAUUUGAGAAUAAUUACAAAAAAAAAAAAAAAAAAAAAAAAAAAUUUAAGCGACCCUAGAAUGGCCAUUUUAAAUAUCAAAAGCAGUUGGUAAUU